AUGGCUAAAUCAUUUGUGUUUGAUAUUGUUUAUUCACUUUUUGGAAAGCUUGCUUCAUAUGUUUGUGAAGAAGCUUCUCGAGUACAUGGCGUUUAUGAAGAUCUUCAAGGAAUUAAAGAUACUCUAUCAAUUGUCAGAGGUCUUCUAUUGGAUGUUGAGGAGAAGAAGGACCAAAAACAUGGGUUACGUGAAUGGCUGAAUGAUAGAGAGCAGCUUCAUAACAUCUGCUCUGAUGCUGAAGAUGUAUUGGAUGGAAGAAGAAGAAGAAGAAGAAGAAGAAAUCUUCACGAAGAUGAAACCAUACCGAGUGACGAGCUUGACUCCCAGGUGGGAACCAAAGUGAAAACCCGGGGUUAA